UUGAUCAUGGAUGGUGAAGCUAUACCAGAUUUUUCAAGUGUAAAGGAGGAAACGGCUUAUUGGAAGGAACUUUCCUUGAAGUAUAAACAAAGCUUCCAGGAAGCUCGGGAUGAGCUAGUUGAAUUCCAGGAAGGAAGCAGAGAAUUAGAAGCCGAGUUGGAGGCACAGUUAGUUCAAGCUGAACAAAGGAACAGAGACUUGCAAGCGGAUAACCAAAGAUUAAAAUAUGAAGUAGAAGCAUUAAAGGAGAAACUGGAGCGUCAGUAUGCACAGAGCUACAAGCAGGUCUCGGUGCUGGAAGAUGACCUGAGUCGGACUCGGGCCAUGAAGGAGCAGCUGCAUAAGUACGUGCGAGAACUGGAGCAGGCCAAUGACGACCUGGAGCGAGCGAAGAGGGCAACAAUAGUUUCACUGGAAGACUUUGAGCAAAGGCUCAAUCAGGCCAUUGAGCGGAAUGCAUUUUUAGAAAGCGAGCUUGAUGAAAAGGAGUCUUUGUUGGUCUCCGUACAGAGGCUAAAGGAUGAAGCAAGAGACUUGAGACAGGAGCUGGCAGUCCGGGAAAGGCAACAGGAAGUGACUAGGAAGUCGGCUCCCAGCUCGCCGACCUUAGACUGUGAGAAGAUGGACUCCGCGGUCCAGGCGUCGCUCUCUCUGCCCGCCACGCCUGUGGGCAAGGGGACGGAGAGCACGUUUCCUCCCCCCAGAGCUAUACCAAAUGGUUUUGGUACCAGUCCACUAACUCCUUCUGCUAGGAUAUCAGCACUCAACAUCGUGGGGGAUCUCUUACGGAAAGUAGGGGCAUUAGAAUCCAAAUUAGCGGCGUGCAGGAAUUUCGCAAAGGACCAAGCAUCACGAAAAUCCUAUCUUUCAGGGAAUGUUAACUGCGGGGUGAUGAGUAACAACGGCGCCAAGUUCUCGCGUUCAGGGCAUACGUCUUUCUUUGACAAAGGGGCAGUGAACGGCUUUGACCCAGCUCCUCCUCCACCUGGCCUAGGCUCCUCUCGCCCCUCGUCGGCCCCAGGGAUGCUGCCUCUCAGUGUGUGAGUGCCCGGCCUCCAGGUGGGGGCCUCUGCCCUCCUCCAGCAGCAUCCCAGGACACCCACGCCUCACCCCCGGUGCCUGGGCCCAGCCCCAUGCCCCUCUGUCUGCCUCCCCGAGCUGGCAGACGGCAGGCUGCAUGCAGUGGCGGUGGCUGGGCCCUGCCCGGCUCCAGGACUGCGCGCUCUCAAUACUGGCUAUUUUCUCUUCUCGCCGUAGUGCCGUUGGUUUCACAUGAUUGCACUGUGGGUCACAGGUGACACAUCCGUGUAUUGCUUGGUCACUGAUGCGGAAGUACCCAUUCGUCACUCCAUCCCAUAGCCCCACCCUGCUGUACUGCUAGGACUUAGUUGUGUUUAGGACAUUGCAAAUCUUCUAGAAGUUCUCCCCUAAAUCAGGUCAAUGUAGAACCACCUGAGCUUCCUCCUGAGCAUUUCCAGUGCUCAUGAUCAUGUGACCCCCUCCCCACCCCCAACCGUUUGGGCCUGCUUCUUGUUUCUGGCAAAGUCGGGAAGCUCACCGAACUGGGGAACAGAUUCUGCACCUUCUGAUUCACCUGAGCAGUUCUCAUUCCAUAGACCUGCCUCCCAGAGCAGCGGAUUCUCACCGGAGCCCAGACAGCAGAGGCCUCUGGGGCCGAGGGCCUCGAUGGGCCACACUCCGAUGGCUCCCCCUCCACGUGCCUCAGACUCGGAGGAGAGGCAGCGUCCUCCUCGCCUGCGGCCAGGCUGCGGCUGCGGCGCUGUGUGGGCCUGGUCCGAGGCUGGCUGUCCCUGCGCAUCCUUUGAUUACUCUCAUGCUGCAUUUACUGUUUACAUUUGUUUUAUUGUAUAUAGGUUUGUAAACAUUAUUGCCUAAGAUAUUUGUAUAUAACUUGGGCUUUGUAGCUCUUAUUUAUUCAGAACUCAUAUGGCAUGUUAAUGACUUACGACGGUGGCCUACUGGGCAGCUGUAUAGGAUCAUCAUGUGGUUUUAAAAAAAAAAAAAGGAAGGAAAAAUGUUCCCGUCCUCCCUCCCAAAUCUUUUAAUGUGGAAACAAUAAAUUUCACAGAAAAAGGGCUGAGAUUGCUUUAUUGGGGUAGGCCCCCCCUUGAGAGGAGCUGGAGCGCACACGCAGGGGUUCCAUCAGGCGCCAGCCCUGCCGCCAUGUAGCUUGCCAUGCAGCUUGCGGCUAGAUGGGGCGCAGCUGGGGAGCCAGGCAGCGUCCAGCCCAGGUGAGUCUCUGGAGGGAGGGAGCCGGCUCUCGGGCUGUGUGGACUUCCAUGGCAUAGAGUAGGGGUUUACUUCUCAGCCCUCAGGAAGUGAGAGAAGGUGCCAGAUGGGUGGUCGCAAGCCCUAACUGUGAUUGGACUGGAGAAAUGUGUCAGGUGGGGCCAGUCUGACUGUAUCAGGUUCUACUUGCUUAUAAUAAACAGUAUAAACCAACA